AUGCCAACAUACCCCAUUCGUCGCCGACCGCGCGAGUGCAAGACCUGUCUACCGUGCCGCGCCAGCAAAGUCCGCUGCGAUCGCAACGUCCCCUGCUCCAAUUGCGUCAAACGAAACUUCACCUGUUCCUACGGCCGGCCAUCAUCCAACCGACUUCCCAUCUCUUCCUCCUCAGCCACCACCCCGCUUCAUUCCUCCUUCCUCUCGCCGGCUUUCCCGCCCACCUACCCGGGAGCAACAGUAACAUCAGCAGCAGCAGCGCCACCAGCACCGUUGCUCCAUGAUAAUACCGAUGCAGUCUCCACCACCACCGAUCGGCCCUCCCAGGCCAGCGACGACGCCGAUCUCCCCGAGCUAAUCGACAUGUCUCAGGGCGAAUGGGACGAGAUAAAUAAUAAGAUGGCUGCGAUGGAGCAGAUCAUCGGCAGCUUGAAUUCGCUCUUCCAAUCCCACUCUUCCCGCCACCGUGUCGAUCAUCAUCCAACCCCGCUACAACCUCCACCAUCGCAGUCGGAAGAAGUGCCUGAGCGCAAAUACUCGGCUCGGUCGGAGGGUGUGUAUGGGGCCAACCCGUCUCGCACCGGCGCGGUUCAUCUGGGAUCCCGCUCGGCGUUGGUCGAUAUCUUGGAUAAAGCGAGGGGCUCAAAGGAUAUGGCGCAGGCGCUGCCCCAGGAGGAUCUACUGGCGGAUCUUGCAUUGGGAAAUGAGUCGGCCGCAUACCCUUUUGUAGAUCUGUGGUCGUCGGACCCUUAUACUUUCAAUAUUGCAGGCGUGUGCUCGGUGAUUCCCGAGGAUGAUCAAUGUGAACGAUUCUUGGGCUUCUAUAAAAAGAUUGGCGCGGUGUUGUACCCGGUGUUACCGGAGCUAGACGAACUGGAGUACAAGACGAAUUGCUUACUCCAGGGGCGGCGACGCGCGGGAGGUGUCUAUAGGCCGGAUGCCAAUGGGUUAGUCAAACCGUUUGGAAUGGAUUUGCCCUUUUUGAGCCUGCUUUUUGCGGUUCUCGCUUCCGGCUGCCAAUUGUCCGAUAUUUCGGAGCGAGAGCGCGAGUUGACCUCGUGGGUAUACGUUUCUUGUGCAUAUCAAUGUCUUCGGAUGUUGAAUUAUGUUUCGCAGCCCACGGUGGAGGUGAUUCAAAUUCUUCUUAUUAUCAGCAAUGUCUUGUCAUAUAAUAUGAACGCCGGUGCUUCAUACACCUUGCUAGGCAUGACGGAGCGCAUGUGUCUUGUUCUUGGUCUUCAUGUUGAAUCCACGGGAUUUUCACUCAAGGAGCAAGCGAUCCGGCGCCGCGUCUGGUGGGCAAUGGCUUUCCAGAAUAGUCAUUUCUCGCUUGCCUAUGAUCGACCUUCCAUCACCAUGGUUAGCCAACCCGAAAUACCCUUCGAUCGUAAAUCCAUGCCGGGACAUCGAACAUACUUCGAGACAUUGUGUCGCGUGGUCUCCCUUGCCCUUGAAGUUCUGCGAUCCAGGAUGUAUCCAGAGUCCUCCCGGCCCCGAUUCCACGAGAUCCGCGAAUGCAAGCAGCGCAUCCAGCGCAUGAUCGCCGAAGCUACCCCCCACCUCCGCUACAAAGAGCAGUGCCACUCGCUGGUCGAGCACAUCGAACGAACAGAACUGCGCCUGCACUCAUCGUAUCUACUCUCCGUCCUGUGCCGCGUCUCCCUCGACCCGCACUCCCACCUGGACGAACACCGCCGCGCCAUCAUCCGCGACGACUGCAUCGCAAGCCUAAUAGACACGGUCGACGCAUUCGUAGAACUGCACGAAAUCAACUCGCACUGUUCCCGCUCAUGGAUAAGUCUCCAGCGCUCCAUCGCCUCCGCUUUCCUGCUCGUCGCCAACGACGACAGCACCCAGACCUGGGCCCUAAUUGACCGCCUGGAAAAUGUUUUGGCUGACCACGUCUAUGCGGACGGCGAAGCGGACCUGAAUAACCGCACCGACUCGGCGAAGCAUCUCUCCUCGUCUCUGCGCGCAUUGCGCGAAAUCCGCGAAUCUUUUCGCGCGCGCAAGGCUGUUCCCUUUCCCUCGACUGCUGUUGGUCCGGCUAUCCCGAUUCAGAAUCCCUCGCCUGUGGUGUGGCGCUCGUCGCCGUCUUUCGAAGCCGAAUUGGAGAUCCCGACUACUAUGGUCACGGGCAGUGGUGGUGGCGUCAUGCCUGUGCCCGCAGCUGCAGCUGUGCUCCCGAUUGAAGAAUGGAGUAUGCGGAAUAUCUUGGGGAGGGGUUCCGGAUGUUAUGCUGUUCCCCACUAUGAAUGGGAAAAGUCCGGUGGUAUAAGCGUUCUGUUCGGGGAUUGGAUUUGA